CUUCUCAUUUUGCUUCACUUUUAGAAAGUCUUUCAUUUGGUUUUCAAAUUUUAUAUUUUAUAUGUUUUAGGCACAAGUUUUGCUUAAAAUCCUCUUCUUCUUGUAAUCCUUGCACUCCCGACCAUGGCCAUAGUACCGGUUUCCAAUAUUCAUACGAUACGACCAAAUCCUCUUCAGGGUCUUGAGUUUCUAUACGUACCAUUGCAAUACAGUGUGCAUGUGACCACCACUCUGAUUUCGGCCAUUGGUUCCUUCUUGUACCGCCUAUGGACGCCUCCCUUGAGAAGAAGUUGGUAAACCCUAUGUUCCGAUUCUUUUUUGAUAGAUGUGGAAUUGCAAUGCCUGAGACGAAGAAGAUGGCUUGGCAAGGAGAGGUUAAAGAAGCCAGACUUGGUCACCAAAGGAAUUCGAUGCCGGGGACGGACACGACUCCGAGCGAGGCAGAUGAAGAAGAUGUUAACCCGAGCGGAUGCACAAGUAAGGUACGAAGAGGGACAAGGGUCCAUGACCAGGACCAGUCUGGACUUGAGGCGCUGCCAUGGAUCGGGAGGAGGAGGAGCCGGGCAUGGGAAUACGAGAAGGGACAGCAUCAACAGCAACAGCAGCAUAAACAAAACGACCAGCAGAUCUGGUGGAACGGAAGAACUGUGCACUUGGCAAAA